GGCUGCAACCCUCCUGCAUCUUAAAUUAAAGGUUAGCGCAACAUGAAGCGCCGUUAAGGUGAGCAGGUCAACUGGGGGGUUGACUCCUCUCCCAUAACUGGUUAAACCCCCCUGGAUGUGGACUAGUUUCGCUUUCCCCCAGCCUGGACUUGCUGUCUCGGUCCAGAUGUGCUUCGGUCCGGUUCGGUCCGGGCUAAUGGUUUCUGUUUCUUGAUCUAAUUAACUCCCGGAGCCACCUUAAAAAGCGGGCAGGGUGAUCCCGGCCUGGCCCCGCCUCUCGCGGCUCGUGCGGCAGAAGUCGCUCCGGCAGUUUUCCCGGGUCUCUUUCUGGAUGUAGUCGUUGUCGGAACCCACUGAGUCCGAAACCCAACAGCACCGCCGCGAACGGGCUCCAUUUACCGGAUCUGCAGCGCCAGGAGUGGGGAGGUGACUUUUUUUUCAGCCCCUCCUUAACGAUUCUUUUCUGGAUUCGGUUCGUUUUCGCCCCCAGGACCAGAGUCUGUUCUCCGCUGCUGAAGGAACUGGUUUCAACGUCGGGACGAAGACCAGUUGGAGGUCCCCUCCUUCCUCCUCUUCCUCCUCCUCUUCUUCCUCCCCGCUGCUCGGAGGUUGUUCCACCGCGGAGCCCUGUUGGGAGAUGGACCAGCCCCAGUAAGGACGCUGCCCCGCGGUUCGGACUCAGUAGCAGGACGUGAUUUGGACCAGAGCUCGCCUGUUGAAGAGUGGCAACAUGUUUACUUCCUGGUUUCCAUGGUGAUCAGAGGGAGCAUGCUCGUCCACGCCCGGAUCUAAGCUCAGCAUUCGUUUCCAGCAGCCGCCUCCAGAGGGGAGAAGACCUAUCUGUCCAGAACCGCGACCCGCCAGAACCGACCGCACCCAGAACCCGUCAACCAGCCCAGACAGAGGAGGAGCGCCAGCGGCAUCGACAUGGCCAACAACACAGCUGACCACCCUCCGGGGAACUCGGUGGCUGAGGGCGGCCAUGACAGCGGCCAUGACGGCGACUUUGGAAUCAGCAUGCAGGAGCUGAAGGACCUGAUGGAGCUGCGGAGCUCUGAGGCUGUCGGAAAGAUCCAGGACGGUCACGGAGACGUGCAGAACAUCUGCCGCAAGCUCAAGACCUCGCCCAUCGAAGGUCUGUCUGGAAACCCGGCCGAUCUAGAAAAGCGCCACGCUGCAUUUGGGAAGAACUUCAUCCCUCCCAAGAAGCCGAAGACGUUCCUGCAGCUGGUGUGGGAGGCGCUGCAGGACGUCACAUUGAUCAUCCUGGAGAUCGCUGCCAUCAUCUCCCUGGGCCUGUCCUUCUAUCAUCCACCAGGGGGCAAUGCUGAAGCAUGUGGCCAGGCUGGGGGUGGCGUGGAGGACGAGGGAGAGGCGCAGGCUGGCUGGAUCGAGGGAGCCGCCAUCUUGUUCUCUGUCAUCAUCGUGGUUCUGGUCACGGCCUUCAACGACUGGUCCAAGGAGAAGCAGUUCCGUGGCCUCCAGAGUCGCAUCGAGCAGGAGCAGAAGUUCACCGUCAUCCGCAAGGGCCAGGUGAUCCAGAUCCCCGUGGCCGAGAUUGUGGUGGGAGACAUCGCUCAGAUCAAGUAUGGAGACCUGCUUCCCGCCGACGGCAUCCUCAUCCAAGGCAACGACCUGAAGCUGGAUGAGAGCUCUCUGACCGGAGAGUCGGAUCAGGUCCGGAAGUCCCUGGACAAAGACCCCAUGCUGCUGUCCGGGACUCAUGUGAUGGAAGGCUCUGGCAGAAUGGUGGUGUCGGCCGUUGGCCUCAACUCCCAGACCGGCAUCAUCUUCACCCUGCUGGGCUCCAGUGAGCACGACGAGGAGAAGAAAGUCAAAAAAGGUAAAAAACAAGGACCCCCCGAAAAUCGCAACAAAGCCAAGACCCAGGACGGCAUCGCGCUGGAGAUCCAGCCGCUGAAGAGCGAGGAGGCCACCGAGUCGGAGGAGAAGGAGGAGGUGAAGCAGGUCAAGAAGGUCAACGUGACCAAGAAGGAGAAGUCUGUUCUGCAGGGCAAGCUGACCCGGCUGGCGGUCCAGAUCGGCAAGGCUGGUCUGUUCAUGUCCGCCCUCACCGUCAUCAUCCUCAUCCUCUACUUUGUCAUCCACACGUUCGCCAUCCAGGGCCUCCCCUGGAUGGCCGAGUGCACGCCCAUCUACAUCCAGUACUUCGUCAAGUUCUUCAUCAUCGGCGUGACGGUUCUGGUGGUGGCGGUUCCCGAGGGGCUGCCGCUUGCCGUCACCAUCUCUCUGGCCUAUUCCGUCAAGAAGAUGAUGAAGGACAACAACCUGGUGCGCCACCUGGACGCCUGUGAGACAAUGGGCAACGCCACGGCCAUCUGCUCGGACAAGACGGGCACGCUGACCAUGAACCGCAUGACCGUGGUGCAGGCGUACAUCGGAGACACGCACUACAGGACGGUCCCGGAACCUGACGCCAUCAACCCGGGAACGCUGGACACCCUGGUCAACAGCAUCUCCGUCAACUCCGCCUACACCACCAAAAUCCUGCCUCCAGAGAAGGAAGGCGGCCUCCCGCGCCACGUCGGCAACAAGACGGAGUGCGCCCUGCUGGGUCUGGUACUGGACCUGAAGAGGGACUACCAGCCAAUCAGAGACGAGAUCCCAGAGGAAAAGAUGUACAAGGUUUACACAUUCAACUCCUCCCGCAAGUCCAUGAGCACGGUGCUGCAGAACGCUGAUGGAGGCUUCCGGAUGUACAGCAAAGGAGCGUCGGAAAUCGUCCUGAGGAAGUGCUCCCGGAUCCUAGACACUAAGGGUCAGCCCCGUGUAUUCAAGACCAAAGACCGAGACGAGAUGGUGAAGAAGGUGAUCGAGCCGAUGGCGUGCGAUGGACUGCGGACCAUCUGCGUGGCAUACCGGGACUUCCCUGCUGAGGCCGGGGAACCUAACUGGGACAACGAGAACGACAUCCUGAACGAGCUGACCUGCAUCGCCGUGGUGGGCAUCGAGGACCCCGUCAGACCCGAGGUACCCGCUGCUAUCUCUAAGUGCCAGCGGGCGGGAAUCACCGUGCGCAUGGUAACCGGGGACAACAUCAACACGGCCCGCGCCAUCGCCACCAAGUGCGGCAUCCUGCUGCCAGGAGAGGAGUUCCUCUGUCUGGAGGGCAAAGAGUUCAACACGCAGAUCAGGAACGACAAGGGAGAGGUAGAACAGGAGCGUCUGGACAAAGUCUGGCCCAAACUUCGGGUUUUGGCGCGUUCAUCGCCGACGGAUAAACACACCCUGGUUAAAGGAAUCAUCGACAGCACGGUGGGAGAAACCCGACAGGUGGUGGCCGUGACGGGAGACGGCACCAACGAUGGCCCUGCUCUCAAGAAAGCCGAUGUGGGCUUUGCCAUGGGCAUCGCCGGUACCGACGUGGCCAAGGAGGCGUCUGACAUCAUCCUGACCGACGAUAACUUUACCAGCAUCGUGAAGGCCGUUAUGUGGGGCAGGAAUGUCUACGACAGCAUCUCCAAAUUCCUGCAGUUCCAGCUGACCGUCAAUGUGGUGGCCGUGAUUGUGGCCUUCACCGGUGCCUGCAUCACCCAGGACUCCCCUCUGAAGGCCGUGCAGAUGCUGUGGGUCAACCUCAUCAUGGACACUCUGGCGUCCCUCGCCCUGGCCACCGAACCGCCCACCGAGUCGCUACUGCUACGCAAACCCUACGGCCGCGACAAGCCCCUCAUCUCCCGGACCAUGAUGAAGAACAUUCUGGGCCACGCCGUGUUCCAGCUCAUCAUCAUCUUCACUCUGCUGUUUGCAGGGGAAAAGUUCUUCAACAUCGACAGCGGCCGCAACGCUCCGCUGCACUCCCCGCCGUCUGAACACUACACCAUCGUCUUCAAUGUGUUCGUGAUGAUGCAGCUCUUCAAUGAGAUCAAUGCCAGGAAGAUCCACGGCGAGAGGAACGUGUUCGAGGGCGUGUACAAGAACCCCAUCUUCUGCAGCGUGGUCCUGGGCACCUUCGCCCUGCAGAUCAUCAUCGUUCAGUUCGGAGGGAAGCCGUUCUCCUGCGCGCCGCUCACCAUCGACCAGUGGCUGUGGUGCGUCUUCGUGGGAAUGGGCGAGUUGCUGUGGGGACAGCUGAUCUCGGCCAUCCCGACCCACCACCUUAAGUUCCUGAAGGAAGCGGGCCACGGCAUCACCAAGGAGGAGAUCCACAAGGAGGAGCUGACGGAGGACACGGACGAGAUCGACCACGCAGAGAUGGAGCUGCGGCGAGGCCAGAUCCUCUGGUUCCGAGGGCUCAACCGGAUCCAGACCCAGAUGGAUGUGGUCUAUACCUUCCAGACGGGCCAGGCGGCGGUGCCCGGUGCCCUGCGCCGCCAGCCGUCCGUCGUUAGCCAGCACAAUGACAUUAAGGUGGUGAACGCGUUCCGUAGUUCCAUCUACGAGGUGGAGAGUCCACAUUCCCGUAGCUCCAUCCAUAAUUUCAUGGCCCAUCCUGAGUUUUUGCCGCAUUCUGAGGAGGAGGCGCCUCGGUUCAGCAUCAUUGAGGAGAACAGCAACGCGAUCGAGGAACUUCACUGAUCCUCGGCGAAGGAGAAGCACCUGGCAGCAAGGAGCUCCUCCUCCUUCCCCUCCUCUUCAUCACAUCCACCAGCUGGGUUGUUGCUCUGAGGAGGGGCAUCAUGACUCACCCUCUCAUCAGCACACAUUCUCGCCCCACGCUGCCUCCAUCCUGACUGUGAUGUUGUUCAGUUUGUUCCUCCAUCGCCUCCAUCCCAUCAGCUGGGGGCGGAGCCUCCUCACCAGGAAUACCUGCUUCUCGUUUAGACUCCCUCAGUUCACUUAUAGAAAUCUUCCUCCCCUUUUCACCUCUGCAUGCUGCAGUGCAUCAUGGGAAGGCAGUUUGUUCUCUUCCCAACACGGCAGCAUGCAGAGACGACCCGCUCUCCGACCUCGUCCUGUCUGAGCCGGGUUCUGUUUCCCCCUGCCCCGGUUUAUCUGCAGCGUCUGUCUUAACCUGAUGCAUGUUUUGAUUUCCUGUUGAGUCGCAUGAUGGCCAAAAGUCCAGCUGUUUGGACGCGUCUCUGUUCAGAGCUCCAUGAUCUUCCUGUCUGUCCCACGUUGGAGAACCUGAAGGAAACAUCCAGCAGAUCUUUUGCUGUUUCGCCACGACAUGGUCGGCUCUGUUGAUCACUACCGUCGCAUUAAACACUAACCGCUUCGUUUCGUUCCCCUCCCCUCUGACGCCGCACGGCGGAGUCGCCGGCGCCGGUCGGUCCAUCUGAGCUGCACCGGGUCAGGUUGAACUUAAAGGGGUAUUAUUAUGUAUUUUCCAGGCACAAAGUGCCAAUUUAUAACACAAUCAAGUAACUAUUGUACCUUCAGUUCUAAAAAUGCUGUAUAUAUUAAACAUGACCUAAAAUAAAUUUCUUUACAAUUUAACGCUUUGAAAUUGGGACUCUGUCACCUUUAGAAGCUCCUGCUCUUUCUGACACUUUCUGCUUGGAGACUGCAGCUCAGUUAAACUACACACUUCUUCACCCAGAGUGGUUUCCAUGCAGAUUAAAGGAUUUCUCAAACAUGUAUGAAAGAAUCAAGGCAACACUCCAGGUAGGUUUUUGAUACCUGGAGUGUUGCCUCCAGGUGUUGCCUCCUGGAGGAAUAACAUCAUAACCUGAUGUACAGCUCAAAAUUUUGCAUAAUACCCCCCCUUUAAAAAUCAUAGAAAAAAUCAGAACUCAUUUCAAACACCAGCGUGUUUAGCGUUUGCCCCGACUCAAACGUAGAGCCCACUUUUCCUGCUGUGCAUGAUGGAGGCCUGGCUGGAGCUCCACCUCCCCAUCACAGAGGCCCCGCCCCCUCAGGCAGCUGAACGAAGCUUCCUCUGCUCCCGUCAUCAAACACUAAAGAGUUUAAACAUUCAGAAGGAGCUGACUGCAGUACUGAUCCGUUGGUUGGAUCAAUGCAGGAAGUUCCCUUAAAGUGGAGCCAUGAACAGAGUCAGAAUGAGGCUGCAGACACAGACUGGCAGAGCGCAAAGCUUCUAAAGCCAGUAAUGGACAGUAGGCUCAGUGUCUGCAGCUACAAGCUCCUGGGUCCCUCGUCGUCAGGCCUUCCUGGAGUGCCCAUAUCAUUUGUCGCCAGGAGCUCUUGGAGCUCAUGGAUCGGACAAUGCCAGAAAGUCCUGGGUUUUCCGCCAGGUGCUCCUGCGUCUUCGACCAACGGGCAGUUCUAGAGCUCCUGGGUCACUCACCUCUGGGCGUUCCCUGAUCGCUCGCCACUGGGCGGUCUUGGGUCGUUCGUCAUCAGGCGCUCCUGGAUCGCUUGUCGCCAGGCGUCCCUGGGUUUUCCGAAACCAGUUGCUCUUGGGUUGUUCGCCAUCAGGCACUAUCAGAUCGAUUGCCACUGGGCGUUCCUAGAUGGUUCUCCGCCAGGCGCUCCCAGGUCGCUCGCCGCUGAGCGCUCCUGAGUCGUCUGCCGUCGUUUCUCUUCCCUCGUUUGUCUGAUUUUCGAUGAGCUGUCAGUGACAUCACACGGCCAGCAGUGGAGCCGGUGUCUGCUCAUCACCAUCACCGUUACCCCGGCGACACCGCUCUGCCCUGCUGUGUUGGACAGGCGUUAGUGUGGAGGCCAAGCUGAGGUUUAUAGGAGACUGAUGAUGUCACCAGUCGGCCUGUAGAGUUGAAUCCACUGUGUCCCCGCCGCUUCCCGCAGCGGCGUGUCCGAUCCCUUCAAACAGCCGUCGGCCUCUCCUGACGGAGCCGAUGUGCUACUACUGCCAUAUUUUCCAUGACUUGGUUAAUCUUUUCCCCUCGACGAGCUUUUUCUAAGUACUCAGAGCCAUAUUUUCUAGAAUGUUGUUUUCCGUCAUUAUUCCAGAGGCCCCACCCUGCCCUCCAAACACGACCAAAAAGCGAGGAGAAACUCUUCAGUUGUCACUGCCGAACCGUGUUUGAAGGACCUCUCCGAUGUUUACAUGAGAAGCGGUUUGACCCCCUCAUCUGUUCCUCUCCUCAAUCUUACUGUUUAACUGAGUAGGAAACCUUUCUUGCAUGGUGUUCAUAUAAAAUUCAAUGUUUUGUUCAUUUUUUACAAUUCUUCUGUAUUUUUAUAUUGAGUACUUUUUAAUAUUUUGCAGAUGUAUGAAUCUGUGUACAGGCUGAGGAGUUUGGUGAGCGUUCAGAACCUGAAUGAAAGGAAUCUGCCGUGGACUCUGUUUUUACAGCUCCCAAUGUUUCUGCCAUGUGUGGCGUCCGAGUCACCUGACGUUAGGGCUCCCAAACCUGCAGUGACUUGUUUACUUCCUGUUGGCUGUUCACUUCCCAUCAGCCCCUCUGGCUCCAGUUUGGUUUCUUUGUUGUAACGGUUCUGACUUGGUUUGAGUCCAACAUUAAACAGGAAUGUAUCGUUA